GGCAGUUCACGGCAAGUUCUUGUGCGUAUUUGUCCUGUGGCAAACUCAGGAACACUUCCACUUAUUUGUGAAUCAAUUACUGGUGUUGCUAUUGGCUGCAUCUGUGUGAAGUCAUGCCAUCAGAAAGGUUUGGAUUCUUAUCAAAAAGAAGAUCUUGCUGUGCUCAGAGACCAUUGGUUGAAGGCUUUAAUCAGGCGUAAGAAAUAUUUUGAUGAGCAAAUUCAGAUGCUGACUAAAAAGAGAG